UUGUUAAUUAAUUUAGAAAAGUGGAAAGUUUGCUAGGUUAUUAAGGGUAAAUCAGGAAAAAUCUUAUUGAAGUAUUGUUUCUCUCUCAUAAUAAUGUUAUCAAAUAAAUAAAAAAUAAAGAAUUAACCAUAGUUAAACCCAUGGACAUGUGUCAACUUUUAAAAGGGGUGGUGAGAGUACACCUAAGGUUAAGGUGGUGAGCAAAAAUGCACCCAACUUAAAAACAGAUGAGACAAACAAAAAAUUAAUUUGAUCUUUAUUAUUUGCUACGCGCAAUGCAACCAAGUGGGAAAAAAUAGUGGUACAUCUCUCUCUCUCUCUCUCUCUCUCUCUCUCUUAUAUAUAUAUAUAUAUAUAUAUAUAAACAAUAUAGCAAUAGCACAUUUUGCACAAAACCCAGAAGCAAAAACCAAAGCUUAACUUAAUCUCACAAAAUAUGGCUCAUAUUUUCUUGCUCUCCUUCCUCCUAACACUAGCAACUGCCCUUCAUGGUACCCAUGCAGUCGACUACGUCGUCACCAACAAGGCCGGAGCAAGCCCGGGAGGGGUCCGCUUCAACACCGACAUCGGAGCCAAGUACAGCAGGCAAACCUUAAUCUCCGCCACCGGUUUCAUCUGGAGGGUGUUCCAGCAAAACACAGCCGCUGAUAGAAAGAGUGUACAAAAGGUCACUUUGAUCAUUGAUAACAUAACCGGGGUUGCAUAUGCUAGCAACAAUGAAAUCCACGUCAGCGCUGGCUAUAUAGCUGGUUACUCAGGCGAUGUGAAGAGAGAGAUCAGCGGUGUGCUCUAUCAUGAGUCAACGCACGUGUGGCAGUGGAAUGGAAAUGGUCAAGCUCCUGGGGGUUUGAUUGAUGGAAUUGCUGAUUACGUGAGGCUGAAGGCAGGGUUUGUGCCAAGCCACUGGGUUCAGCCAGGGCAAGGGAAUAGGUGGGACCAAGGCUAUGAUGUUACUGCUAGGUUUUUGGACUAUUUGAAUGGUCGGAGAAGUGGGUUUGUGGCAGAACUCAAUAAGAAAUUGAGGAGCGGUUAUAGUGCCAAGUAUUUUGUUGAUUUGCUGGGGAAGAAUGUUGAUCAGCUUUGGAGUGAUUACAAGGCCAAGUACGCACAAAAUUAAAAGCUGGUCUAGCUGAUUUAAGUGAAUACAAUGUUGUACGAGUCUAUUAGAGAAAUAAAUUGUCUCGAUAUUAUCUAUAUAAUAGGUAAUCAUUUCACUUUGAUGUGCAUAUUAGGAGACUAUUAAAUUUUUGUAAUAAUCUGAUAACAUAACGUGCCGAAAACUGUCUAACAAAAAAAACAUUACUCCUCAUGAUAUUAUUCUUACUCAAAAUCUUAGUAGUCAAUUUUAUGGGAUUCUACUGGUUGAUUAUCUCGUCUUCACACUACUAGCAAUAAUAAUAAUUACGCCUGCAACUAAGUCAAAAAAAAAAAAACUCACUAGGAAGAAGCCUUAUCACUUCAUCAUAUUAUGAGUGGAAUAAUAUUCCCACCAGAUACGCACUUAUAAUAUCUCU